GAACUGUAAAUAAUCACAGCAGAAAUGUCACCAAUCGAAAGAUCUCUUGUUCUGCUCCACCUUCUCCUUCUGUUCUUUCCUACUUCGAAGGUAAAAGCAUCACCAACGGCAGAGGCACAAGCUCUGAUCAAAUGGAAGAAGAACAGCUUAUCUUCUCCUCCUCUCAAUUCAUGGUCCCUUACCAAUAUCAAGAACCUCUGCUACUGGACUGGUAUUGUCUGCUACAAUACCGGAAGUGUUGCAGAGAUAAACCUUCCUGAGUUGGGUCUCAAUGGAACACUUGACCAACUCAACUUCACAGCACUCACAGGUCUCACCCGCUUGAAUCUCAACUUCAACAAUCUCAUGGGAGCUAUUCCUUCCAGCAUUGGCAACCUUUCUAACAUCACCUUUUUGGAUCUAAGCAGCAAUUUCUUAGAUGAAUCCAUUCCUCCUGAGAUUGGACAGUUAACAGAGCUCCGCAUCCUUAACCUCAGUAAUAACAAUCUUGUGGGUUCAAUUCCUUAUCAGGUUAGCAAUCUUCAAAAGGUAUGGCACCUGAACCUCAGUAUGAACUAUCUAGAAUCACCUGAAUCAUCCAAAUUCUCUGGCAUGCCACGACUGAAAUGCCUCAGUCUAUUUCUCAAUUCACUUGUGUCGGAGUUCCCAUCUUUCAUUUUCAAAUGCCCAAAUCUGACUUACCUCGAUCUCUCACAGAACAACCUUACAGGUCUCAUACCAGACUCACUGGUGACCGGCCUACAGAAGAUUGAAUACCUCAAUCUUACUGAAAAUUUCUUUCAAGGUCCAUUGCCUGUAAACCUAUCCAAUCUUGUUGCACUCAAAGAUUUAAGGUUGGGGUUGAACUUAUUUGAAGGUGGAAUACCCAAUGAGAUUGUUUCGAUUUCUAAUCUUCAUACUCUGGAACUCUAUAACAAUUCCUUAGGAGGAGAGAUACCUUCCUCUAUAGGCCGACUCAGGAUGCUUCAGAGACUCGAUCUCCAUGCAGCUGGAUUGAACUCUAAAAUUCCCCAUGAACUCGGUUAUUGUACCAACCUCACCUUCAUAGACCUUUCGAUAAAUUCACUCAAUGGAACCUUACCUUCAUCUCUAUCAAAUCUGACAAAGAUAUCUGAGUUGGGUAUGUCCGGGAACUUGCUUUCUGGAGAGAUCUCGCCCUACUUGAUAACCAGCUGGGUACAAUUGAUUUCAUUGCAACUUCAGAACAAUUCCUUCUCUGGUAAGAUUCCACAAGAUAUUGGCAGACUGACAAAGCUCAACUACCUCUAUCUCUACACUAAUCAGCUCUCUGGAUCAAUCCCCCAGGAAAUUGGAAACCUCGGAGAUUUGGUGGAGCUAGAUCUCUCAAAGAACAUGAUCACAGGUCCCAUUCCUGCCACGUUGGGGAACCUAACACAGCUUGAAGUCCUAUAUCUAUUCGAAAACAAUCUAACUGGUACAAUCCCACCAGAGAUUGGAAACCUCACAUCUCUAAUAAGGCUUGAUGUCAAUGCCAACCGAUUGCAAGGAGAGUUACCAGACACCAUUUCUCACCUUAAAAAUCUUCAGAUACUCUCUUUGUUUAGCAACAAUUUCUCCGGUAUCAUUCCACAGGAUUUCGGACGGAGUAGUCUCUCUCUAUUUUUUGUAAGCUUUUCUAACAACAGCUUUUCUGGUGAGCUGCCUCCAGGGUUAUGCAAUGGAUUUGCACUAGAGGAGUUGACAGCCAAUGGUAACAAUUUUACCGGGUCAUUGCCAGAGUGUUUGAGGUAUUGUUCAGGGUUGGUCAGAAUCCGACUAGAAGGGAAUCAAUUCUCCGGGGACAUAUCUAAGGUAUUUGGAGUACACCCAAAUCUUGUUUACAUAGAUCUCAGUGGCAAUCAGUUGACCGGAGAGCUCUCACCAGAGUGGGGAAAAUGUUUCAAUCUUACUUAUUUUCACAUUGAUGGAAAUAGAAUUUCUGGUGAGAUUCCGGGUGAGCUUGCAAAUUUGACCCAAUUACAUGACCUAAGCCUGUCUUCGAAUGAACUGGUGGGAGGAAUCCCAGUUGAACUUGGAGAAAUAGACAUGCUAUUCAAGCUCAACUUGAGUGAAAAUCACUUAACAGGAGUGAUCCCUCAGAAAAUUGGAAGUUUUCAGAAGCUCCAACUUCUCGACUUUGCAGGAAAUGAACUAACCGGCAGUAUACCUGGAGUGCUUGGGAAUUGCAUCAAUUUACUGAUGUUGAACUUAAGUAACAACAGAUUAUCAGGUGAAAUACCAUCUGAGUUGGGCAACUUGAUUUCAUUGCAGUCAUUUCUAGAUCUGAGCAGAAACUCACUCUCAAGAGAAAUCCCUCCUAACCUGGGGAAGCUGAGCUCAUUGGAGAACCUCAAUCUCUCCCAUAACAACCUCUCAGGCAGAAUACCAACAGAAUUAUCCAGCAUGAAUAGUCUGCAAACAAUUGAUCUCUCCUACAAUGAGUUGAGCGGUCAGGUACCAAAUGGUAAAAUUUUCCAACAACAACCAGUUGAGGCCUUCAUUGGAAAUGCAGGCCUAUGUGGAAAUGCAAAAGGAUUGCCACCUUGUAAUUCCAGUCCUGCAAGCAGAGGAUCCAACAAUCAUGAUAAAGUCCUAAUAGCUGUCAUUGUCCCAGUAGUUGGCAUUCUCCUUUUAGGAGCCAUCAUUUUGGGACUCGUGAUCUUGAGCAGGAAAUCAAGACAACCAGAUGAAAAUAUUGGAAGUACCAAAGAUGAGGAGAGCCAUCAGUCACUGAUAUGGGAAAGAAAAGGAAAAUUCACAUUCAAUGAUAUUAUGAAAGCUACUAAUGAUUUCCAUGAGAAUUAUUGUAUUGGAAAAGGAGGGUUUGGAACCGUUUACAAAGCAGUCCUGCCAACAGGUCAGAUUGUCGCCAUUAAAAGACUGAACAUGUCAGAUUCCAGUGACAUUCUUGCAACAAAUCGACAAAGUUUUGAGAAUGAAAUCCAUAUGUUAACAAAUAUCCGGCACAGAAAUAUCAUUAAAUUGUAUGGAUUUUGUUCUAGGAAGGGUUCUAUGUAUUUGGUGUAUGAGUAUGUCGAGAGGGGCAGUCUGAGAAAUGUUCUUUAUGGGGAAGAAGGGGAAGGUGAGCUAGAUUGGGUGACGAGAGUUAAGAUCAUCCAAGGGGUAGCCCAUGCCCUUGCUUAUCUGCACCAUGAUUGCAACCCCGCAAUUGUGCACCGGGACAUAAGCAUGAAUAACAUUUUACUGGAAACAGGGUUGGAACCUCGGCUUGGAGACUUUGGAACAGCAAGACUUUUGAGCCCUGAUUCAUCCAACUGGACAGCAGUGGCUGGAUCUUAUGGCUACAUGGCUCCAGAGCUUGCAUUUACAAUGCGAGUCACAGAAAAGUGUGAUGUUUAUAGCUUUGGGGUGGUAGCAUUGGAAGUGAUGAUGGGAAGGCACCCAGGAGAGCUCAUCUCUUCUCUAUCUAUGUCAUCAUCUAAUGAUCGUGACUUGCUGUUGAAGGAUGCAUUGGACCAAAAACUCCCAUCUCCAACAGGCCAAUUGGCAGAGGUUGUGGUUUUUGUAGUUGCAAUGGCCCUAGCAUGCACAAGAACUGAUCCAGAGUCACGACCCCCCAUGCGCUUAAUUGCACAAGAGCUGUCAGCUCACAACCGGGCAUAUCUGGCUGAACCAUUUAGCAUAAUCACCAUAAAUAAAUUAACAGGCUUUAAAAAAAAUAGCUUAAUUUAGAUCAAGGAUUCCAGCUUGUGUUCAAAUUCUUCAAUGAUACCAUUCGUAGUAAUAUCAAUGGAUGAAAU